AUGCCUGUGGCGAAAAGAACUGCUGUCGCCGUAAUGGCCGAUACCUGGCAAAUGGCUGAGGCACUAGGCAUGAAUGUAGAGGAAGAAAUCAAAAAAAUGACUGACCUUCCCAUGGGACUUAUGGAAAAGAUUUUGUAUAGCGUUGAAAAGUUCCGUACUGUCGUCAGUGGAGUUCGCAAAACCAGCAUUUAA